GUUGAUUGUUUCCAUAUUCAUUUUACAUCAUAGUUGUAUUAUGCGAAUGACUUCUGGAUUAAUAAAUCAUACAUCUAAUAAUGUUAACGCCAAUAAUAGUAACAACGGUAGUUUUAUAUCCACAAGCACUCCUCUAAUUACACCUAAUGGUAAAAGAAGAGGCCGUAAACCGGGUUUGAAUAGUACAGUGGCACAAAGAAGUGCAGCAAAUGCUAGAGAGAGGUCGAGGAUGCGUGUUUUAUCUGGUGCAUUCGUUGAGUUGAAAGGUGCACUACCAUGGGUUCCAAAGGAUACAAAGCUUUCUAAAUUGGACACCUUGAAAUUAGCUGCUGGUUAUAUUGCUUACUUAAGACGAAUAUUGGACACUUCAGAAUCGUCAACAACGAAUUCAUCCCCUCCACCAUCAGUACCAAAUAUAGAGACAGUAGAAGAGUCUGGACUUAUAAGAAAUGCUUCUGCACUGAAAUUACUUCAUAAUGAAGCCUGCUUCCAGUUUACUUCAAAAGUAUGUGAAAAUACCCUACCUGAAACUAUAAAACUGUUCAACCUUGUUACAAACGGUAAUAAUAACAACUUGAAAAAACCACGUGUGGAAGAACAUUCAAAAUACGGAGAUAAAAAUGAAAGAAGUGAAGGAGAGGGGGAAGGAAGAAAUGGAGAAUCAUCAAAUCAAGUACAUUGUCAACGUCAACAAUAUACUCACUCCGAUCAUUGUACACCUUCUUAUCCCCAAAGAAGUCACUUUCCUAAUGAGCCUUACCGCCAAUCUCAACCUCAUCACCCGUAUACGAUGGAUAGAAUCAACUUCAGACAGAGCACAAUAUCAGCAUUAUCUCCUCUAUCUUUACCACCACCGUCUCAGCUACCGAUAUCUUUAACGCAGCCUACAACAGAUAUACAGUUCCCUAUCAAUAGAUCACUCAAUGAUUGUUGCAUUAAUCCUGAAAACAAUAAUGACACUAUUUACUAUGUGGGAUGUGUGAAUUCUGGUGCCUUAACUACGAAAGAUAACACCACUGUUGUUUAUCCUGAAUUAUAUUCAAAUCAAUACGGAUUCAGUGCAUCACUUUCCUGUUAUUUGGAUAAUUUCUAUGGAAAAGACCAUUCUGCUAUUACAAACGAGACAAUUUACUUCAACGAUUCCGAUUCAUUAGAUGACAAUGGAAUACACUCACUAGCUCAUAAUACAAACGAAAAAAGCCGUGAAGGGAUCAACUUAUUAAAGCUAAAAAAUAAUUUCUACCCGAAAUUAACACAUCUAAUUAAACCGCCAGUUGAAUUGCUAACAUCCGAUGCAAAUGUAUCAAACGAAAUUUUGUCAACGUCGAAGACAAUGGGAGAAAAUGAUUCAUACUUUCAUACAAUGUACACAGAAUAUCAGAAGACUGAUUUAGACUUAUCUCUGUCAUCAUCGUCAUCAAUUGAAACAUCCGCAUUAGAAAUUAACGAUGAAUGUAUGUUCACAGUGAAAUCAAAUCCUCAUCCAACAAACCUCCAUUUAAGCAGAAAAAUAAAUAAUGAAAUUUCAUAGUGCCAUCCAUUCACCCAAUUAUUAAUGUAAAC